CACACUACAUGCUCUCGACCCAUCUGUGUGAACACAGCAGUACACAACACACACAGUGAACACACACAGCAGUGGGCUGACAUGCACCUAAUGUUUUUCAGGUUGUUUGGAAAUGAAGCUGUGUCUUCUUCUUCUCUUCUUCUGUCUGUGCUGCCGUGGACUGACAGACGAUCCCAGUCCAGCAGCUCCAGAUGGUUCCGGUCCUGUAGAUGAAGAGGAGACGGAUCACAGCUGUGACGGAAAUCAGGAGUUCAGCCCGGAGCAACAGAGGGCUCUAGGUGGCGCUAUAGAGCCACUGGGUUUACGGCUUCUGGAAAAUCUUGGUCCACAGCAGCCAAACGUCCUCCAGUCCCCUCUCAGUCUGGCCUUGGUCCUCGGUUAGCUCAGCCUGGGUUCUCGUAACGAGACAGAGAAGCUGCUGCUGAAGAACCUCAAUGCCAACGCUCUACCCUGUUACCAUCAUGUCCUGGGAAGCCUUGUACCUGGUCUCAGCCACACAUCCCUGGAUGUGGCCUCACGCAUGUACCUGAGACCAGGGUUUGAGGUGAAGCUGCCGUUUGUGCAGGACUCUCUGGCCCGGUACCAAUCACGGCCUGUUCCUCUGGUCUCUGUAGACGAGGUCAACCAAUGGGUGGAGAACGCCACCGAUGGUCACAUGCCCGACUUCCUGGAGAGUAUUCAACAUGACGUGGUGCUCAUGCUGAUAACUGCUGUUUACUUUAAAGGUGAAUGGCAGACUCGAUUUGACCCCCAAGUGACCUCAAAGGCAGUCUUCAAUCUGGAUGGCCAGAACUCGGUGUCAGUGGACAUGAUGAGGUCUGCUCAGUAUCCUCUCCGCCUCCUCGAUGAUCCAGAGCUGGAAGCACAAGUUGCCAGUUUCCCCUUCAAGGGAAAUACCAGCUUCUUUAUCGUCCUGCCUUAGCCAGGGAGGAAGAACGUGUCAUCAGUGCUUCCCAGACUGAACAUCUCGGACCUCUAUAGACGUCUCCCUCAGGAGAAAACCAUGCAGGUCAACUUACCAAAGGUGAAGCUGCAUUACCACCAUGAGCUCCAGGAGGCACUGACCAAAAUGGGCCUCGGUUCUCUGUUUUCAGGGCCCAACCUCUCGGGGAUCUCCGACCUGCCUCUGAAGGAGACGGGUGUCCUCCAAGCCAGCUCAGAAGAGCUGAGUGAAGAAGGUGCUGAGGCGUCCGCCAUCACGGCUGUGACCUCCAUGCGCUCCGUCUCCAUCUUCUCAGUCAACUCCCCCUUCCUCUUCGCCCUCGUGGAUGAUGCCUCCCUGGUCCCGCUCUUCAUGGACAUUGUCACAAACCCCGUCCCCAACAAAGACACCAUGCUCAAUGAUGAUCCCAGCCUGUGACGGACAGUGUCGGGGAAAAGGCAGCAGGAUGCAGCCAUGCAGCGCCCCCGCUGGUGACUAAGAACAACUGUGAUCAGCAAGUUUUAUAUGAAAAGGGACCACAUUGAAAGUGAAGAUGUUCCCACACGUAUGUAAUGACGACUUUAGCCUCUGGAAUCAUUUUGCUCCAAAUUAAA